AUGUCCAAUAUGCCAAAACUCUACGCAGUAGUUGAAUUCUGCGAAAUAUUUAUUGAUGGCAAAAAAGUGGUAGAAUUAGUUCCGAUUUCUUGGCUAACAUCUGACGAAACGUUAUGUUUUUGGCCGCCUACAAACCUAGAAUAUAAGUCAAAGGAAUUAAUUGAAAUUCAAGCUGAUGCUGAUGACACGUGGGAUACAUAUCCAAUCGCGAUUAUCACUAAAGCAAAAGAUUACAAAAAAGGUAAUCGUAAAUUAAAAAAGUAUUUAAAAAAAAGAAACGGUGAUAGUUCUGAAAGUGAGUCACAAGCAAGUCGAGAUGAUCAGAUAGUUAUCACAAAAUCUUCAAGGGUCGCUAAGACUUUAGCUAAAGCUAAUCCAAUGCCGCUGAUGCGUGAUCCAUCCAUUGAGGAUAUUUUAGAAGAAUCAUCGGCGGAGGAUAAUAAUGCAGCUAAUAAUAAAGAAUUUAAAAAAAUGAGACAAAGUCUUGAGCUGUCCAUGACAGAUAAAUUCGAAAAACUAUUGAAAACCAUUCAAUACUCCGGUGAAGCACCUGCGGUACAAAAAGCCUGGCAAGACCUGAGCAACACUUUGCCAUUUGAUUCUCUCGAAAAAUUCUUGGCUUUCGAAGAAUCUUUAAUAACGGAUAAGCAGAAGAAAAAUUCUUUGCUACUGUACAGCGGGUGCGGUAAAAGAUUCAAGGGUGUUGGUAAAAGAAGUUUUAAAGACACAGAGUCUUUCAAAAUCAUAGAAGAAUUUCUGCGGGCUAAACAUCAUGCUUCCCAAAGAAAACUGGAGAUAAUAAGUUGGGUGAGUAAGUUUUUAUCGGGUGCCAAAGACAGAGAAGGCGGCCGGGCUCUCCGUGAAAACAAAACUAAUGAAAUGACAGAGUAA